UAAUGAGCCCCGAUCAUUAUUCAAGGAACACACUUGAGCACGGAACACGAGUUUGUCGGUGUAAACGAUACCUCGCCUGCAAACUGGAAUUCGGAAGACGGUCCUCUUCUCUCCUCAAAAUAUACAUUGUAUUACGUCGUCAAGUGUCCAAUCAAAAUGCGUCCGGUGUUCGCCAACCACUGUCCCGUUUGCAAAGUCACUCACCGUGUUUCACGUAUACAUAUGAUACGCCUGCAGCCUCAAACAUUCAUUACGAAAGUGGAUCAUUCGCUGUAAUUUGACGUUGAGUUUGACAACUGAAUCUCGGCUUGCUUUAUUCUCAAAAUAGUUGGUUUUAUCUGGUGGUUCUAUGGUGUUAUCGUGCCCUCAUUUUUGAGGAUUUCAUAUUGGAAGCUUCCUCGUGAUCGUAGCAUCCGCCUUCGCGUGAUGCCCGAGCAGAGCAAUGACUACCGAGUCGUGGUCUUCGGCGCUGGUGGCGUCGGGAAGAGUUCUUUGGUGCUACGAUUCGUUCGUGGGACUUUCCGAGAAUGCUACAUCCCGACCAUCGAGGAUACCUACCGACAGGUCAUCAGCUGCAACAAGAACGUCUGCACUCUCCAGAUCACCGACACAACUGGCUCCCAUCAAUUCCCCGCCAUGCAGCGUCUGUCCAUCAGCAAGGGUCAUGCGUUUAUUCUCGUCUACUCCAUCACAAGCCGCCAAUCUCUUGAAGAACUCAAACCUAUCUAUGAUAUCAUACGUGAAAUCAAGGGGGACGUGGACGGCAUCCCCAUCAUGCUCGUUGGGAAUAAGUGCGAUGACCCCAAUCGAGAGGUCAGCAUCCAGGAAGGCAUGGAACAAUCGAAAUUCUGGAGCUGCGCCUUCCUGGAGACAUCGGCCAAAACCAAUUACAAUGUCAAGGAACUCUUCCAAGAUCUGCUCCAGUUGGAGAAGAGACGGACAAUGAGCCUUCACCUCGAAACGAAGAAGACAAAGUCACAGAAACGGCGCGAGAAGCUGAAGGGCAAAUGCACGGUCAUGUGAUCUUUCAUUUGAUUUGACAAUCGUAUUUUAUAAUUAUUGAUUCCUAUCACAUGACUGUCGCAUGGUAAUAUCAAGAUGUUCUUGAACCAUGCUGACAUGAAGUUCAACCUCAAACGCGUCUUGGAGAUCGGGGAGGAAGUGGUUGUGGCGUGUCAACUGAAGACACACCAGCGAUUGGAAGCGCGUGUACACGUGAUACCGCACGUAACGGUUAAGCAUGAUUUUACAUAAAUGUCACCCGUAUUCAUCACCACCUUGUCCUGUUUAUCUAGUGUGUAUCAUGUGGAACCCCUUGAUCUUUCCCUCUGGAUCUCGACUCUGGUGAGAUCCACAAGGAUAUCUUUCUGAAGAGUCCUUGUUCUGACGCUGGUCGUCGCAGGUCCGUUCAAGGACAUUAUACAAAGACCAUUUUAGGGAUUUGAAGGUUUAGGUGAUGGUAGACCAUUGUGUAUUUGCGGUAUAAUCAUGAUUUAUGAUAGAGACAUAACUGUCCGUGUCAUAUAAUACCUAUUCAGCCGUCAAAGACAUAAUUAUACAAGUCAUAUUGAGAUAGGACAAAUAGAUCUGUGUAAGCGUUUUCCUUUUCUAACCUGUUUUAUAAACAGUUUUGACACCAGAAAAGAGAAAGUAUACGGAUUCAAAUCUUUAAACGGGCAACACAUCAAAACCUUGAAAAUCAUUGUCCUCCCAUAUUUAUUGGCAACUUAAAGGUUUGAACGCAAUUUCUUUCAAUAUAUUCUUAUUCCAGAAAGAUGAUGGGAAUUCAGAUUUAAAAGAAUUUUGAUCAUUUGGAAGUGAUAUUGACCAACCUUGUCCUUUAAAAAACCCGAUCCUUGAUACUUUAAAACAACUCAUUAACUUUCUACCUGCCCAGGAAUAGAUCACUGUUCCAUGGGAGAAGUUAUUACAAAAACAAAAAAUACGAAAUGCUUCUCUGUCUCCAGAGUUUCAGCAAUAUAUAUAUGUUUUAAGGAGAAACGGUUGGACUGCUGAAUUAAUCUUUUAAAUACUUAUUCCUGGACAUUUUUCUUUUCUUUCCAGUAAGUCGGUUCGAUGGAUUUUUUCAAAAUCUGUCAGUAUCUCAAUACACCUUGUUAUUGAGAAAGCCAAAUUGUAAGCUAAAUAUCAAAACCAAAUGUGAUAAAGGAAAGAAGCAAGGCAAUAGCUACAAGUGUGGCAUAUAGUGUAUGAUUUAUUUUGUGUGUUAGAUAACCAAUGCAAUACACAGAGUGUUCAAUCAUAACAAAAUGUGUGUCAUGUAUAUUCGCAUGUAGGUCUUCUUAUUCGUCAAAUAUUUCUACCUAUGAACUAUUUUAUUAAAUGUGAAAUAUUCGUCAGAACUGUCUUCAAUUUAUAGAGUACAGAUAGUAUAUUUUAUUUUUUAACACGAAUUCGUGCUGACAUAAUAACGUCGAUCAAUUAUGCUGCACGCACAUAGAUACUAUUUUCAUGUUGUUUGUUUUUAAGGGGAUUGUUUCUUGUAAUUUAUUUGAUGAGCGUUUGCCAUAAGACAAGUGUGAGGUUUUUAUUACAUUUUUUCAUCAAAUCAUUAUAUUGAGCCAUUCGUUGUAAUUAGAUUUUAAGCUACAUCCAGAUAUUUUAUCAUAGAUAAUUGAGAUCAUCAAAGCACUAUUGUUUCUAAAAGAUCGUACCAUCUUUACAUUCAAUGUCAAAUUUACAGCAGGUAUCAACAUUUUGUUUUCAGAAAAUCGAUUGUUUCUUUAAUUUCCUGUAAAAAUGCCAUAAAUCGGUCAAGGAUUUUUUACAAACGAAAUCCGCAAGCUGCCAGUGCCGCAAACUCUACAGCUGAUAUUCUACUAAGUUCAAACUAGACGCUUUUGUUCAAAAUCGGAUUUAAAUGAGGCGGUUAGUACUUUAGUAGUUUGAGGUCUUACUUGCCUUUGUUAUACGUGAUAUUUGACCCAUGUUCGUGUUGGUACUACAUUUUGGUUUAACUGAAUUAGUAGAAUUCAGACCUAUAAGUGCACAUAAAAUGAAGUUCUUAAAAGCCGAUAUAGCUGGUAUUCUACUACUUCAGUUAAACCCGGUCCUGAGUCCCAUGUGAUGUUUAUUUAAGAAAAACGAAGACCUUGGACUAACUACUUUAGUUUGUUUGACCCGAAUUUUAAGAUAAGCUUAAGCCUAGAGUUGGGUUUAAAUGUUAGUAGAAAUAUGCUAUUUCUAUCAACAUUGACGUGUUUAAAUUAUUUUACUUGUCUUCAGACCAAGCUCAUACACAGCAUUGGGUUAUUAAAUUUAAGUUUAAAACGGACCUUCGGAUGUAUCAAAGAGCCCUAAGUCAAAGUAGGCAGUUCCUAUCCCUCACCCCCCCCCCCCCAGUGAAUGGGACAGAAUAUAGCGAUCGUGAAUAAUAUAUCAAUAACGAUCACAUCAAUGUAAUGAUAUAAGACCUAAAACAUUAAUCCUAGUACUUGCAUGUGAGUUAAUGUAUUCAGCAUAUAUUUGAUAUUUAACACGUUUAACACGUUUAACUAUUAAUAUUUUUCAUUCCAAUCUUCUCCGCUCGUAACUCGUUUUGUAGUACAUAAUCUCAUUUUUUGGUAAAAUGUGUAAAACUGUGCAAUACAAAUGUGUUAAUUUUUAAAUGUACUGUUUCAUCAUAAUUUUUGGAAUGUUUGUCUUUCGUUUGGUUGAUUUUAAGUUAUUGGAUUCUAGAAAAUGUUGUAUAUAUUAUACAUUGAAAACUUCUGAGAUUUGUUUAUUUUGAUAUACUGUACAUUGUUUGAGAUUUGAUAAAAAUUGAUACUUUAAUGGAGAUCCCAAACCACAGAAAUUCAAUGGUGCCCUAGUCUGAAGCAAACGUAAGAGGAAAAUACAUAGCCUGUAUUAUCAAAGUUGGAAGAAAAAAACUUGUCAAUAUCAUAAAAUCAACGUGUAUUUUUGGAACGAAGCAAGGAAUGCCGAUAAACUUCAUUUCUUGUCAUAUAAUGUAACUCAUUUGUUAUUUACCCAUGGAGAAUCCCUGAAUAUGUCACCAUUAGGGGCGGGGACAUAUUUUGGGGGGAGGUAAAACAAAUAUCUAAAGUACAUUUGACCAGCAAAAGACCCACCCCAAAAAAUGAAAAGAAAAAAAAAAUGAACGUUUUUUGUUUCCGUUUACAGGAACAAAAUAAGACUAAAUCAAAAUUUCUUCUCUGAGCAAUGCUGCUUAUUAUUUUGAACAUGGGCUCAUGUUCUUCUCCCCCCCCCCCCCUACACCCCCUACCGCCUGUAAUAAGCCUGUCGAGAAAAAGUGGGGGAAAAUUAUGUUCUCAUGCACUAUCCCUCACCCAUUAUUCAACAGUUCAAAUUUAGCUUAUGAAAUUUCUUGAUAUAAAAUUUCCGGUCGCAAAUUCGAAAGAAAUAAAGCUCACAAGAAAACCUUCAUGCUCUCUAAAAGCUAUAGGCCUCUUGCUUUUAAUAAUCACCUCUAAUCAUAGUCAUUUAACACGUUAAUUUUGGGACUUCGAGUUUCUUCGGCUUCUCCUCCAUUGCAAUAUUUGCUGGUUAUCAUGAAAUUUGUAUUGAUUGUCUAAGAAAUCGUUUAUUUGAUUUUUAUAAAAUAAGGAAGGUAUCGGCAGGAGUGUUAUGUCGUCGAAAGUCAAUCAUUUUAUAUCAUAGUGUAAAUAAAAUCACAUUGUUGUUUAAAUUGGAAAAGAAUCAGAGAUACAAUAUGUGGAAAUGCAGAUGGUGUAUAUUGAGCAAUGAACUACGAACUAUUUCAUGUUUGUUAUUAAACAUUAAUAGAAUUAUUUGAAAUUAA